GCUCUUCCCUUUGGCAAUCACACCCGCCCUCAGGAUGUGUGGUACCUCCUGCUCGGAAUCCCAGGACUGGCAGGUGUGCACACCUGGCUCUCCGUCCCCAUCUGCUUUAUGUACAUCCUGGCUGUCGUAGGCAACCUCCUCUUGGUCUUCCUGGUCGUGACCGAGCGUCGGCUCCAGGAGCCCAUGUACCUCUUCCUGUCCAUGCUGGCCCUAGCGGAUGUCCUGCUCUCCACAGCCACGGCCCCCAAGAUGCUGGCCAUCUUCUGGUUCCACUCCAUGGGAAUAUCCUUUGGCAGCUGUGUAACCCAGAUGUUUGUCAUACAUUUCCUCUUUGUGUUAGAGUCUGCUAUUCUCCUGGCCAUGGCAUUCGACCGCUAUGUGGCCAUCUGUCACCCACUGAGAUACACCACAAUCUUAACCACCUCCGUCACUGGGAAGAUUGGCACGGCAGCCGUGGUCAGGAGCGCCGUCAUAUGCUUCCCGUUCAUCUUCCUGGUACAUCGACUUGCAUACUGCGGGAGAAACGUCAUUGCCCGUUCCUACUGUGAGCACAUGGGCAUCGCCAGAUUGGCAUGUGACAGCAUCCGCGUCAACAUCGUCUACGGCCUGACCGUGGCCCUGCUGUCCACAGGGCUGGAUGUCGUGCUCAUCGUGACGUCCUACACGAUGAUCCUUUGCGCCGUGUUUCGGAUACCCUCCUGGCCUGCCCGGUUCAAAGCCCUGAACACAUGUGGGUCCCACGUCUGUGUCAUCCUUCUGUUCUACGCCCCAGCAUUCUUCUCGUUCUUUGCCCAUCGCUUUGGGGGUGAAACCAUCCCUCAUCACAUCCACAUCCUAGUAGCCACCCUCUACGUGGUGGUGCCCCCGAUGCUCAACCCCGUGAUUUAUGGGGUGAGGACCAAACAGAUGCAACAGCGAGUGGUUUGGGGUUUCUCCUCCGUUUCCACCGCCCGUUGUUAA